GGCCUGACUACGACACCUAGUUACAUUGAUCCCGUGAUGAGUAAUAGGUGGUGCAGAGUAAUACGUUGUGGCGAGACGUGGGCCGGUGACUGUGCCGCCUGAGUGGGAUCAAUUCAAAGAUCACAAAUCAAUUCGACUCCUGGAAGAAGCUCAGAAGGCGAUCAAUUUCACGAGGUUUUAUGGACCUUGGCACCUUUAUCGAUCUUUCCUUCCAUUCGCUCCAUCAUCAUCUCCCCUCCUUCAUGAAUUAUAUGGGCAUCACUCAGACCCCAUUCAAGUCUUCAGUAUUUCCCGCGAGUUUUCCGGUCGCGUCAUUCCAUUAAAUGAGGAUGCACUCAGUGCCCGAAAGCUCAUGGAGGCCAAGUUACUCGAGUUGUCAAAGACGCUUGGUGGUGAGGUCGUCAGCGGUGACGCUGAAUUCCACGAACCCGAUAUUCGUAGCGGGAUCGUGACAUGCGCGGCACUUUCCCUCGAUGGUUGCUGUGUUGCGCUCGGUUUUGGUAGCGGGGUUAUCGAGGUUGCCGACAUCGACCAUCAGAGAACGAUCUCUCGAUUUCAAUGCAGUCCCACUAAUCUCCCGGUUUGGAUCGAGUUUUACGGUGACAACAACUGGAUUGUGACUGAGGAUAGCAGUGGAAAUAUCACCAUCCUUGAGUCCGGUAUGCAACCCCAAACAGUUGGUAUUCUUUCUGGUGGCCCUCGUCCUGCUGUAACCGCUGUGUCGGACAAUGGGAAUUUCGUUGUACGAGUCCCUCGAAAUCUCCACUAUGAUUGGUACGAGGAAAUGGCACUCUUGGAUGUUUCUGUUCAGCCAUCCAUUCGGUAUCUCGCAUCACCUUCCUCUGGUGGCCCCCCUGAAUUCCGUCCUUCUUCGGCCGCUCCUCUCCGUCGCAUGCUUGGGUUUUCACCCGGAAGUCGAUAUAUUGGCGCUUACGGCAGGAACCACGCAUUCGUGUGGUCAACAGAUUCUUGCCAGUUGAUUGCUCAAUAUGCCGUACCAGACUUCACGACUUGGGCCCUCAAUACCGGUAUUACACCCCCCUCAUCAUAUCUUGUCCCAAAUCCUAUAGUUGCUCCUUGUAUACCAGAUUCCGUAUCAGACCCAAGCCACGACUCUGAUGAGCCCUGGUUGAGGUGUCCCUUUUAUGACCUCUCGCCUGACAUGCAGCACAAAAGCACGCGUAAUGAGGUAUAUUCCUCUGCGGUAGGAAGGAUCCCAUUGGUUACCGCAAGCCACACUGUAUCGGCCCUCUGGUUCAAUGGAAAGGUAAAACUCAUCCUCCCAGAAGUGUACCGUCCAAUUGUACGGAACCCGCGCAACAUCGGCACUGAGGAAAUUUGGUAUGGUGACCAAAUGUUCGAUGACGACGAAGAACAUGAUGAAAAAGGGCGUAGUGAAGAUGACGAUGAAGAACGAGAAGGUGUGGUAGCGGUGAUGAUGAUGGUCUUGGUGUAUUUUAUCUUCCUCGGACCAGCAGGGACGGAACUCGGUUCAGGGCUGCAUGAAAGUUCCGAUUGUUGAUAUUAGUCAAGUCGUCUA